CAGUAAGACUCUUCUUCUUUGUGAUUAGAUUUUGUUUUGUCAGACUCUGGGUUCCUCAUAGUUUAUUUCUUCUUCUCUUGCAAGGCUCUCUGCUUACACCCGUGAUCGGUCCUGUUUUCGCCUUUUGGUACUGUUAUAGCCGAUUCUUUUAUAUGUUUCUAAAUUAUUUUCCUUACAUGUGUUUCGUAGCUCGUCUUGUUAGGGACCCAGAAGCGGGAAGGCCGAAAGGCUUUGGCUUUGUGGCGUUUGAAUCAGAGAAUGAUGCACCAAAGGCAUUUUGAAAGCCUUGAACGGCAGAUUCUCAUUCUAUGAUCUGUUUAGUCUUUCCUUGUUGCCAAGGAGCUGUAGUAUUCAUUCUUGGGUUGGGAUGACGGUAUUCGCCUUAUUCGAGUCUGAAUUGAUUCUAAUUCUGAAGUCUGUCUGUAGCCGAUAUAUGGAUUCCUGCAGAUUUGUGAAUGCCUUGUUGUCUGGUUCAACGGUUCCUGUUGAUUUCUUCGAGGAAAUGGAUUGUUUUUCUUGUUGCAGAGGUUCUGUUAGUCUUGCGCUACUGACCUUGAUGAUUCUGUAUCGUUCUUUCUAGAUUGUCAAUUGGCAGAUUAAUCUUGGUUGAAGUUGCAAGUAGCAGAGGACCCGAGAGAGAAUCUAACAAAAAGGAUGUCAAAGGAGACUGCGACGGGUCAUUCAGGGCAACCGCCAUGGCAGAAACCUCUGCCUCACACAACCGAUAUGCCGACGGAAUCUCCGCCGGGAAAUUCUCCAUUUGGGUUGUUUUCAAUCUCACUAUCAAAGAUCCUCACAAAAUUGGUGGCCAUCUUCAGGAUCAUGAGUAUUCUGCUAGGGAAGAAGAAGAUGACAGAGAUCUGUAGAACAAAACUCAACCAGAAUUCACAAACUUGUUCGGUAAGAAACAGAGGAGAAUCCGAAGAUGUCUCAAAUCCCAUCAUCACUCCUGAUCUCACGUUCGAGAUACUCUCCAGACUUCCGGCAAAAACCCUAGUGAGAUCCCAAUGCGUAUCGAAGGAUUGGUCAUCCAUCAUCCACAGCCCACACUUCGCCAACUCGUUCCUGGCUCGAUCUUCGACUCGCCCGCGUCUGCUCGUGGCUUUCCCGGACACCAAACGCAGACACUCCGUCUUAUACUCGUCGCCUCACCCGGAAAAUCACGGCCACGACUCGAUUCUCGUGGCCAGUCACGAGAUGACGAUCCCGUUAUGUUUGCGCUUCACUCAGUCCAUCCACGGACUGUUCUGCAGCCAAAAUGCUCAUGAGCUUUCGAUAUGCAACCCUGCCACGAAAAAGUUCGUAACUUUACCCGAAAUCGGAUCCAAGAAAACGCUUAUGUAUAGCUUUUUCGGGUACGAUCACGUCAGUCAUCAAUACAAAGUGCUGUCCAUAACGCAUAACCCUAACUAUGACCAGGUCGUGAGAGAAGAAUCGGAUACUGAGCACUGGGUUUUCACGUUAUCGAGUUCCCAGAAAGAGUGGAGAAAGAUCAAAGGUAUCCGGUCCGAGUAUCCGUCGUGUGGUUUAUGUAUCAAUGGCGUUCUUUACUAUGGAGCUUCGAGGUUCACCCGAAAUCCUCCGAUCAUCAUGAUGGGAAGUUGGCUAUCAUAUCUUAUCAUACAUUUGGGGUUACUUUCGGGUUCGAGUUUUAUGUUCUUGAGGAUGUCGGGAAAGAAGAAGAAUGGUCGAAGAAGGCGUACGUCUCGCCGAGUUACGGAGAUUUACAAUGGGAGACAACUUUAUGUUUUCUUGGGGCAUCGAAGCAUACAAAGGAGAUUGUUUUGGUUCGGAGAUACGAUGAGGAAACUGAAUCUGAAUCGUUAUAUAUUUUCUAUUAUGAUUGGGAGAGAAAUAACAUUAGGAGAGUGGAAAUCAAAGGGAACGAAGAAUUUAGGCGUCUUAGUAGGCAAGUUGGUUCUUUUUGUAAUGCAAUCAUGUUGUUCCCAGAUCUGUCUGAAAGUAUCAUGUUUCUUUAAGGUUAUUUUUGUCUUUUCAAACAGCUAAUUGUAAUUGUAACACUGUGCGAACCCGGACGGGUCGGGUCGGGCCUAGUUGGAUGGGCUCAAGGUCCACGUUUGGAAGUCCAAAUUAAAUCGAGUUUGAAUUGGCCCAUAAAGAAAUGGGUCGUGUGAAAACUUUUUCAAGCAAACGACUGGCGGGAAUGAAUUUCUUUCACGGCGCGGUUAACCACUAAGAAUGCGACACGUGGAAAGACGCGAACCUUUCAAGAUUGGUUUUGCACUGUCGAUUUCUACCCAUCGAGAAAACAGGAAUCA